AUGACCACUGUCAACCAAGGGGCCGAUCUAGGCAAACCCGCCAACCCGUCUCCAAAGAGACGGGAUCAGCCGAGUCUGCGUUCGCGUGCACAGAAACUGCUGAAGUCACAACAGUACAACUGCUCCGCAGACCGCUAUUUUGCCCAGCUGGGGCCUAAGAGCUCACGCGCUGGCCGUCCAGCACCGGAGGACGAAGCCACCUGCUGCUGCUGUUAUGUUUGCGGCUCCGCCAGGACCGACAAAAACCGUCGCACAGUCGACGAAAGGAAGUCGACGUGGACUCGGUCUCGCAGUUACGGUCCCUAUUCACAAGAGGCAACUCGUGAGAGCGCGCGGCAAGGACAUGGCGAUGUACAGCACAAUGCUGCCGGCGAAGCACACUGUGAGAACGACACCAUGCUGCUGGCUAACAAGCUACGACUGUCAAUGAGGAAACUACAGAAGUCAGCAGAGAACCUGCUGGAGCGAGUCCGCUCCUCGAGUCGUGACCCACCGCUACCGCCAGCGCUGCCUUCACAAAAGGGUGUCCGCGAUGUGGCAAAGUCGCACCACCACCACCACCACCACCACCACCACCGUGAACAUCGUCAUCAUCAUCGCGCGGCAAUGGGUGACCCGCCAAGAGAUCCGACAGCUACGAGGCGCCACCACAGUCUCCCGGUGCACUCACCUCGAGAGGACUUAGACGUGCCUGCCGUCCCAACUACCGAGCAGGAGGGUCACUAUGACUCAAAGUCCCGACAGCGUUCCGAGGAACCAAUAGAAAAUCAAAAUAACCUGCUCAUGGGAGGCUCUUAUGGACAUUUGUUUUCACGGCAGGAUCCCGGUUACACGGUCUACGAGCGACAGGAAGAAGCAUGGAUAAGGCCCCAACUCGAUGGUCAUUCCGAUACAUCUGAUGAGUCAAAUGAUGCAGUUGGACUGGAGGUGGACGGAUCUUCUGCAAGCUGUCCUCGCCAAACAUUUGCCGCUCAAACUGCCUUUGCAUGGGAUACGGAGAGUGAGGAAGGAGUUAGCCCUUUAGGGACUAAAAAACAAAGCGAUCUCCACUGCCUGCAGAACUACGAUGAUGCCAAUUGUGAAUAG